AUGUCGUCGGAUGAAGGAAAAUCUUCGACUGUUAAUGGUUCUUCAGUCCCUCAGGAAAAGGUUCGAUCGGCAACCGAAGGGGAAGCAAUAAUGGAAUCCGAUCCAAUGGUCACACAGACGGAUGAACAUGUGACCGAAGAACUUAGUGAAAAGCAGACCAGCGCGACCGAUGAUACUGUUCAUUCUCCCGCAAGGAUCCACUUCACGGAGCAGAAAAAAGUUGAGCGUUUCCCCGAUACGAAAGAAAGUGUGUCUCCUGAAGACCUUCCGACCGAAGACGAAAAGGUUCCACCAAGAAAGAAUGUUGACAUUGAUGAGCAUCUGUUCUCGAUAGAAAAAGUAGCUGAGCGUUAUAACGUUGACGUAAACACUGUAAAACCCGCUGAGUCACGUGGUUUACAGGAGAGUCAAGCUGCCCAGUUAUUGGCGACGAACGGUCCUAACGUUCUGACCCCGCCCAAGAAGAAGCAUCCGAUUAUGAAAUACCUCGAGUGUCUUUCGACCUUGUUCAACAUUCUGUUGAUAAUAGCCGGCAUUUUGAUGUAUAUUCUAUUCGGUAUUAAUAGUGUGGCGAACCAAGCUAAUAGUUAUCUUGGCGCCAUUUUAAUAGGAGUAGCGUUUCUGAAUGCGUUCAUCGAGUUUUAUCAACUACAAAAGUCGGCCGCGAUUUUAGAAUCUUUCUUGAACAUGAUUCCACAAAAAUGUUACGUUCUUAGGGAAAGGAAACUCAUGCAGAUACAGGCCUCGAACCUCGUUCAUGGGGAUGUGGUCUUCAUAAAGAUGGGUGACAAGGUUCCCGCUGAUCUGUUCAUUUUCGCUGCUAACGACAUGAAGGUGGACAAUUCCUCGCUAACCGGUGAAUCUGAGCCACAAGAGCGCAAAAAGACGAACACCCAAAAAAAUCCACUGGAAGCUACGAACCUCUGUUUCAACGGUACGCUUGUCGUUUCCGGUGAAGGAUACGGCAUUGUCAUUCGCACCGGCGAUCACACUGUACUAGGACAGAUUGCCGGACUCACCGCCGGUGAAGAGAAGAACAAGUCACCUUUGUCACAGGAAAUUGAUAGUUUUGUGAAAAUAAUAGCCACCAUCGCCAUCAUCUGUGCCAUCAUUUUCUUCGGUAUCGGAUUCAAGGUGAAUGAUAAUAACUUUUCGCUUACCAUCAGUUUCGCAAUUUCGGUACUCGUUGCAUGGGUUCCCGAGGGUUUGCCUGCGACCGUCACCGUUCUCCUGACCAUUGCCGCCAAACGAAUGGCUGCUCAAAAUGUACUUGUCAAGGAUCUCCAAGGUGUGGAGACCCUGGGCGCCAUCACCCUUCUGGCCACCGACAAAACCGGCACACUCACCC